AUGUCCUGCCAGACCUGCUUGUCCGACCUGCGCGCCCCGCCCGCCUUCGUCCCCCCCUGCUGCGGCGCGCCCAUCUGCGCGGCCUGCGUGGCCGCCACCCCCCGCCUCACGAGCUGGGUGCCCUGCCUGCGCUGCGGAUCGAGCUCGCGCGAGCCGCCCGCCCCGCAGGGCAUGAAGACGACGCAGGUAUCGGGACAGCCGCCUUCCGGAAAAGCACCUGAGGGGGACGAAGACCAGUUCGUGCUGGUCGGCGAGAGCGAUGACGAGGGCGACGGCGAGGGCGACGGCGAGGGCGACGGCGGGAACGCGGCCGGAGAUGGAGAUGGAGCAGGCCCCGGCGCCGGCGCCGGCGCCGGCGCGGGAGAAGGAGGAGAGGCAGAGCCGGAAAUCGUGGAGAUCACCCACGUCCCGCGGCGCGGCGAGACCCUGCUCUCCAUCGCGCGGACGUACGCUACGGACCCACACACUCUUCUGGCGCUCAACGGCUUGCCGCACGCGGCGCUGUACGCGAACCCCCGGCUCGUGGCCACACGCCCGAAGCUCAUCGUUUCCCGCCGCAUCGUGGAUCCGGCUACGCGGCGCAGCGCAGACGUGACGGAGACGGAGGAACGGAAGGCGCAGCGCGCGCUCGCCCGCUUCCAGGCCGUCGCGAAGGUCGAGGAGGGCGUCGCGCGGGCGUACCUCGCCCUACACCCGCAGCGGGAUGCGGGGGCCGCGUUCCAGCCCUCGCUUGGGGCGGAGGGGGGAGAGGUCAUGUUCGACUUUGGGGAGGAGAAGAAGCGCGCGGGCGGCGCAGGUGGAGAUGCCCUCGAGCACUUUUAUGAAGACGAGGCUUGGGAGGCCAGCGCGGCGCGCCCGGCGCGAGGUAAAGACGGGCGGUGGAAUGUUGUCGGGGCCGUGUUGCCGAGCGGGGUCAAGGAGAAGACGUGA